AUUCUCAAUAGCUGUAUUAGCAGAAUCUUUGCACACAGGGCAGAGCAGUGCCUUGUCCCCAGGGAAAGGAACUAUUUCAGACCCUAAGGAGUCAUCUUACAUGUUUCAACAUAAUUCUACUGUUGCUUUCUUUAUUUUAAAGGCAGCCGAAGUUUCUUUCUUUUGAAGCUGGAGAUUAAAUAACAGCAAGCAGAAUCUACUGUUAGAUUAGAUUACCAGGUAAUAUAUUGCAUUUACAUUUUAAAUUAUUGCUUAAAGAUAGGUAGAUUCAUGUGAAAUAUAUGUAAAACUUUGCUUAACAAUUUGAGAUUUAAAGUAUGAUGUACUUGCAUAUGAUAGAACAAAUGUCAAAUAUAUUUGCAGAAAGUACUAUGUAUUUAGUAUCAUUGAUUUUAAUAAGCAUGAAUGCCACCAAUAACAGAGUUAUAUAGCAAAAGAAAAUGCAAUGUGGAGUACUGUUUAUCCAUUUUUAUGAAUAACAGUAGUGUGUUGGCAAAGUUUUAAUUGCUAUGUAGCUAAAUUCACAGCUGUGAAAAUAUGACAUGAUAAUUAAUAAUGGUGUUGUAUAACUAUCAACUCCUUGUUCCUAGAUAUAUUGCAUAAAAGUCCUACUUUUACUGUUUGAACAGUAGUUCAUUGGAAUAUCAAAUGUAAUGUUUAUGCAAUUUAGCUUAGAGUCUAAGUACCUUUAAUGAAGAUCAGUUGAAGAAAUUAACCAUUUCCUCUGCCUUGCUGACAGAAAUGUACUAACUAUAAAGAAUGACCAGCAUUCAUAAUGCAAUAUUAUGGUACCUGGGAAAGUAUAUUUUUCUCAGCAUUCAGUGACAUUGUGAAGGAUGCAUUUGUGCAAUGCUGGCCAAAUCAGAAGUUACUUCUUGAAUGUGGUAUGAGAGGGAACAAAUAAUAGACUCAUAGAAUUGUAGAGUUGGAAGGAAUCCCCAGAGUCAUUUAGUCCAACCCCCUGCAAUGCAGGAACUUCAAAAAAAUCCUGUGCGUAACAUGCUCCCAGUCACUGUUGCGCACUCCAUUCACUACUGCUAGGCAGGAAGCAAAGUCUGAUUCAGUUGAUCACAUGUUCAUUCUCAUAAAACACGCACCAGCACAAUGAAGAAUUGCUAUUGCCUUCUUACAGAUUUUAUGUAAGGAUAGUUGGCAUGUUAUCAAAUCUGCUCGUGACUAUAUGCACAUAUAUGUGAAUACAUGUUCACAGAGGUAUCAAUUUGGGGGUCUUUACAGCAGUCAGUUGCUGAACCCAGGAGUUACUCAAUAGAAACAGUUACAUUAGAAAUGCCCAAACUACCUUCCAUGCCCAUAGGAAUUAGCAAGAACCAACCAAUCUCAAUACAAAUGAAUAUACAAUAUUUAUUUCAAAAAUGCCUUUGUGGAUUGAAGAGCAAGCACAGAGAUAUAAAAAAGCAAGAUGGAUAGUUGUUACACAUUACACAAACUACCUGAGUCCAUAUUGCUAGGCCUGUAAGCAUAAAGAUUCCUACUACACAGACAGUCACUACAUUAUAUGAUGUGAAGAUGGAUGAAUUAUAGAAUUGUAGAGUUGGGAGGGCCCCCAAGAGUCAUCUAGUGCAACCCCCUGCAGUGCAGGAAUCACAGCUAAAGGAAGCUGGUAAAAUGUGGGUUUAACGAGGUAACUGAUAGGUGGAUUUAAAGCUGGUUGACUGACCAAACCCAAAGAGUACUCAUUAAUGGUUCCUUGUCAUCAUGGACAAAUCCUAUAUUUGUGCAUCUGAUUAUUUCUGCCUUAAGUGUACAACUUUACAUUUGUCCCUAUUUAAAUUCAUUUUAUAAGUUGUGGCUUAGUUUUCUAGUCUGUUAAGGUCAUCUUGAAUCCUGAUUAUAUUUUCUGAGGUAUGUAUUAGCUACCCUUCCCAGUUUGGUGACAUCUGCAAAUUUGAUAAGCAUCCCCUCAAUUUCUUCAUCAAAGUCAUUUAUAAAGGUGUCGAACAACAUCAAGUCCAGGACAGAAUCUUGAGGCUCACCACUUGUCACCUUUUUCCAGGAUGACGAGGAACCAUUGGUGAACACUCUUUGGGUUCAGUGAGUAAACCAGCUACAAAUUCCCCCUUGUCUAGCGCCUUGUCAAAUUUUACCAGUUUCUCUGCAAGAAUAUCAUAGGGGACUUUGUCAAAAGCCUUACUGAAAUCAAGAUAUAUUACAGACACAGCAUUUCCCUGAUCCACCAAGCUUGUAACUCUAUCAAAAAAGAAAAAAAGGAAAAAAAAGAUUAGUCUGGCAUGAUUUGUUUUUGAGAAACCCAUGCUUGCUUUUAGCAAAUACAGUACCCUUUUACAGCUCCUCACAGACUGACUGACUAUCUGUUCUAAGACCUUUCCUGGUAUGAACAAGGUCCCAGGCAGAAUUGUAGUGGAGGAAUCACCACCACCAAUUUCAGUGAGUCUGCUGUGAGUAUGAAUAACAUUGGAUAUAACCUACAGAUUUUAACAAAUCUACCCUGAGUGUGCUUUAGUUGGAUACAUCCCAUAUAGUAUGUCCUACACUGACAAGCAACAAAAAAGCCCAUUGAGAAUCUUGGCAAUAGAGAAUCAUGAAAAUAAUGUAUCAAUGCUCCAUCCCACAUCUUCAGAUAUUUUAGGCUAGAACAAAUCCUUGGCAAUUGGUCACACACCUCACUGCCCAAUUUAAACUAUAGAAAGCUGGCCAAAAAACAGUGGGCAUUAAUAAUCACUGCAACAGCUGGGUACAAACAUAAUCCACUUCAGAGAACUCUUACCAUUUUCUACAGUUCUAUAUCCUACAGUUCCACUAAUCUCGAAAACUCCUUUUUUGUGUUUUCUGUAGGCUACAACACUAGAAGGAGAAAAUGCAAAAAGCAGCACUAUUCUGUUACAUUCUGCUUGUUUCUCUGUGCAUUGCUGUUGUUCAGAAUGAACGCAAUGUAAUGCGUAGGAGGGCAAGGAGGAGAAUGCGCUAUAGAGGGUUAAGAAAGAGCUCCUCAGGAAAUCAUAGACUAAACAAGCAACAAGAAAUCAAAUCCCCAGUCUUUAUUACUCCAAUACCAAGCAUUCCGCUUAUUAAUAUUGAUGGUGAUAUCACUGAAGUAUUUGACUCUCUGAUUGGUCAGGGUGGACAAGAAUCCAGUUACAAUAUUUUACCAGGUAAGCAGAGAAUAUUUACUUUAUUAUUAUGCUAACUAAAAUGCCAAGCCUAUACUCGCUCACUUAUAUACAUAUAUCUGAACUAAAAAGGACUUAUUUCUGAGUAGAAAUGCAAAGGGUUGUACUAUCCACGUAUUUACUAAACAUAUCAAUUGCUUCCCAGAAUUCUGCAAACCAUGUAUGUACUUUGCCUGCUGUAGAGAAGUUACAGAAGCUGAGCACCCUGUGCAAUGCACUUCUACAACUAAGCAAGAGGGACAUGAGUAGCGCUGUGGUCUAAACCACUAGGCCUCUUGGGCUUGCCAGUUGGAAGGUUGGCAGUUUGAAUCCGUGCAAUGGGGUGAGCUCCCGUUGCCUGUCCCAGCUUCUGCCAACCUAGCAGUUCAAAAGCAUAACAGUGCAAGUAGAUAAAUAGUUACCACUAUGGCGGGAAGAUAAAUGGCAUUUCCAUGCGAUCUGUCACUCAUCACGGUCCUCCAUGUGCCAGUAGCAGUUUAGUCAUGCUGGCCACAUGACCCAGAAUGCUGCUUGUGGACAAACGAUGGCUCCCCCGGCCUGAAGCGAGAUGAGCACUGCACCCCAUAGUUGCCUUUGACUGGACUUAACUGUCCAGGGGUCCUUUACCUUUUUACCUUUUACAACUAAGCACACUAAUUUCUCAAGACUUUUAUACCACUGUUCAUACAAACAUAUUUGAAGGCAGAUCAAAAUUGGAAACAAUAAAUUAAACUAAUACAAAAACACAAUUCAAACAAAAGAUUUAUAUGUUGACUAAGCUUUCGUUAUUACAACACUAAUGCCAAAGAACAAGAUAUGCUUUCAAAAUACUGCUUUUCUCAAUAGAUAGUAAAUAAAAAUCAGUUCCAAAUUAUUCAUUUUUUUCUUUUUGUCCUUUACUCCUUCUUUAAAACAAUAAUCCAAGAAACAGGCAAAGUAUUCUCCUUCAUAUUCUCAUAACCUUGCUAGCAAAACACAUGGAAUUGAGUGAACUAUUCACUAAGUAAGCUUCAGCACAUAAUUUCAACUCUUCAUUGUUGAAGUAUUGAAUCUGAUCCAGCAAUUGGACAGUUCUCCAGUUAACAUUUUCACUACCAAUAAAUGGGCAAACUGUGCAUGAUCCAAAACCCAUCUGUGACUCAUAAACAAUGACAAGAAACCAACCUCUUAAAUAUGUAUGCAUUAUACAGCAGAAAUAAAUAUGAAGCAAUGGUCCAAAAAGGGGGAGGGGGGAGUUUGAUCAUUUCUCACAGUCUCAGCAGGUAUGAAUCAAGGCCCAGCAAUGAACUGCUGAAGAAAUGCAUUCCACAUGUUCUAUCAUCCAGAAUGCUCUUGCCCCCUUACUGCAAUUCAAUCAUAAACUCCCAGAGUAUCCUUCAGAAUGCAGUGAUGCUUUCCUCAGUUAAAGUGCCUCCUAUAUACUGAAAGGUAUAAUUUCUCACAAAGAAACAAUGUGAAGAAUAACACACUUUGCAUGGUAACGUAUUAAAUAACAUUUUUCAAAACUGAAAUGUUUGUGGUAGAAACAAACUAUCCUACCAAUCUAUAUGGGAAAGGGUGGGUAAAAAUAUAAAAUAAAUAUGUGUUUCACCAAUAAUAACAGAAUCCACAAAUGGAGAGUUUAAAUUGGAAACUUGAAUAUAAAAGUGAAAACAGAAACAUACAUAUGCUCUGAACUCCUCCUAUUAGUAACCCCAUACCCUGCUUUAUAAUGCAACUAGUUUAUAUAACACUAGUUGAUAGAAAUUGCACAUGAAAAUGUUCAGAAUGACAUAUAUGCAUUGGAUUUAUCAAGAAGUUACUGCUAACUUAGCAGUAUAUGACAAUGUGAAUACAUCUACUACAUUGCGGUCACUAAGGUGCCAGCUUGGCUGAAAGUUUACCAUUUUACAUAAUUCUAACCAUGCAACUGGUUGAGAAAACUCCUCUUGCCCCAAACGGCAUUUGGCUACUUUAGAGAAUUGUAUUACUGUUGCAUAUGAAACUGGAUCAUCUUCGAACAUAUAUUCACCCUUCCUUCUAAGGCAUGAUAAACAUUGUGUUGGACAAAUAAUGUCAACUUUAAUAGAAAUGGCUAUGAUAAAAAAAAAUCUGAUCAGAAAUGAUAGAGAACUAUCAUGUCCCAUUUAUAAUAUACAUUGUUGAUUGAAAACUGUUCAUUUUGAGGCAUUUUUUAAACAUUAAAUACAACUGGCAAUACAUGUACCAAGCAUUUCAUUAACUAUUUCAAAUCUUCCUGUCAGAAAUCAUCAGCUGAAGUAAUAUGUGGUUUCCUCCUUUCCCCAUUGAUUCUUGUCUUUUUAAAACUGGAAUUUUACCCAAAAGCUGAGCUAAAACCACUAGACAUUUUAGUUGACAUAUUGGAUCUGUACCAUAUUUCCAAAGGUUGAAGGCAUUGAGAUAUCUGCCAAUGAUUUAAACCACAAGGUAUUUUUCUAGUCUAGUAUUUAGAAUACAAGUUAAGGUCAGAUUUGGAAAGAAGCCUAUUUAACAACAGAUCCUAUAAUCAAUCUUAUGUCCAUAUUAUUUUUUUUAAGAAAGAUCAUAAGCAUCUCUGGCUUUAGCAGCACUCCACAUCUUUCUUUCUUAAAAUCUUCUUUUGUGUUUUCUUUUCAUGAUUCACAUUUUAAUAAUAUAUAUGUAGUGUGUAGACUACAAGCAAGCUUUUUCAAUUGAACUAGCGAUACUCUCUGUUCCAUUCCCCCUCUUCCUAGCCUAGUCCUACAAUCAGAAUUCUUUGAUGGUGGCUUAGUGAUUAGCAAGUCUUAACACUGCACUCUGAAAACCAUCAGUGACCCCUGCAAGUAGCUUUCCUACUUCUGUCUGAUGGUGAUAAGGAGAUCUUGCAUGUGAGGGCUGGUACCUGAUCCAUAACUAUAAUUAAGGCAUGGUGGCUAACCUUUGGUCUUUCAUAUAUUGCUAGACUAUGAAUCUCCUGAUUGUUGGCAUCUGCCUGUCUCAAGAGACAAUGGAGCGUGCCUCUGGGGGUGAAGUCAAACUGCUGGAGAAUCACAGUGCUUGCUGUGGCUGCAGAGGCCGGAAACACUCCAAAUCCCUAGCACAUGCUAGGCCGUGCUAGGGAAUUGGAGACCCACAACAGCUGGAGAACAACUGAUUAACAACUCCAGCUCUAUACUGGACAAAGUAGGUGUACCGAAAGGUAGCAAGUAACUUCUGAGACACAUGUCUGAUAUAUGAAAACAACCAAGCAAGCUUUGUUAGGGUUGUCAGCUAUUAGCAUAUGAAAUUAAGUCCUAAUCUUGUAUUUCUCAACUGUUGGAUGAGGAUUAACAUCAGGUGCUUGGAAAGUAGUGCAUUUCCUUUUAGAGUUUUAGGAAUGACCACUACCCACCCUGUUUAGAAUGGCAAAACUGAUUAUGCUCCUGUAAAAUGCUUUCAACUGUAGUACCUGAAACCCAAGAUACCAGGAUUGCAAACUAUAUCAAAUAAACAGGAAAAAACACAGUAACAUCAGUAAAAGCAAUCUAAACACUAGACAUAUUAAAGAAGCAGAAAAAGCAGAACCAUGAAAUUCUGCAAAAGCUUGCUGAAAUAAAACUUUUCAUUUACUAUUUGGUGGGUGGAGUUGCUAAUUUCCGUUGGCAUAUUGUGGACCUCUCUUGAGUUUAGCUAGCUUUUUUAGACUAAGGACUUGGAUUGUUGAUCAACAGAGGUUAACAGGCAGUGUAGAAGGCCAAGUAAGUUUAUUUCUGUAGCAGAGUAUACAAACUCUUACAAAUAUUUACACUAAUUUAAAAUUUAGGUGAUCAAAAACUAAGCCUACAUGUAAAUCUCAAUAAUGUAAUAUGACUAAUUAACUGUAGAGGGUAGGGUUAUAGAUUUAGAAAUACUAUCUAUGUGAUAACAAAUCUCCUUACAAUGUUAAAUAAAACUUAUUUUGAUAUAAAAUAAUGCAAUUCAUGUUUGGUAAUCAAACCACCAGGAUAGACAGGUGGCUACAAUGACACAAUCUUUUUGUCAAUGAUAUCUAAAUUAAAAAUAUUUCUAUAUUAAAGAUAUUAACAAAAAAGUAUCAUUUACAUGGCUCUCCCAAGACAGAACAUGAUCCCUCAAUUACAUCAUCCAGUUCUUUAUUAUUUCGUUCUUUAAUUUAUAAUAGUCCUUCUUCUAAGAGCUGGAUGCAGUUUACAUGGUACUUUACACAUAAACAUUUUCUCUUGUAAAAACCCUAUGUUGUGUGCUAGGGUGAGAAAUAAUGGUUAGCUUGAGGUUAUCCAGCUUCAGGGUAUCCAGUGAGCUUCAUGGCUAAGUUGGGAUUUGAUCAUGGGUCUCCCCGAGACCUAGUCUGACAUUACGCUGUAUCUCCCAUGUUGGAUACAUACCAAGGAUGGUGUGUAGCAUCCUUCUUGUCCAUGCACAGUUGUUUUCAACAUUGAUUUGGCUGGGGAGUCUUUGCUCAUGCAUACACUAGAGCCCCCACAGAGAUUUGUAUGAAGAUGGGUAUCUGGAGACUUCCGGGGUGGCGCCAUCGGCAAUGGCGGACUCCCUCUGAACUGGAGGGACUAGCUCCGCGCGAAACGGGUCUUUUCCGCUACGGCGAAGCGGGGACCCUUUUAAAAAUCACAGGCGGAUGAAGCCUGUGACCAUGGGACUCGGCGGGCACCCUUAGCGCCCCCCCAACCCGCAAAGGAACCCACUAACGGGCUCCGAAGCGAAGAGGGGAAGCGGCGCGGUGCUGUGAGUCAACUGCUAUUUCCGUGGAGCGAAGCCGCAUAGCCGUUGCCGGAGAGCGCUGCCUUUUUCCUGGGACAAUUUGGCUUCUAAAAUAAGCACCCGUGAGUACUUAAACUUUGAACAAAUUGGACUUUAAACAAGGAUUUGCGAGCAGAAAGGAAUUGGAUUUAAAAAUUUACUUCAAUUUGGUACUGAAACGGGAAGGUCUAAACAGGAAGUCAGCCUUCCAUUUCUUUGUAAACAGAAUAAAGCAAAGACAACGUAAACUAGAGCUCAGAAAAUCGCUUCUAAAGGAUCGGCUUUCAACAUUUAAAAUCUUCGAACCCCCCUUCGGCAGCAGGAGAAGAAGGGGAUCUUUUUCGGAUUGUUUAAACCUGCAGAAGUGAGUUUAAAGUAAAGUAACUUUCCACCGUCCUGAUCCUGGAAUGGGGUGUCAGGACUGACGUUUGAAGCUCAUUGACCAGAGACAAACGUUUUUGACAGAUAGCUAAAAGAAGAGAAACAUAGUGAUUCCAAUGUUUCCUUUCGCAUUUUAAAGGAACAAAUAUGGACAAAAUAUCUUAAAAAAGAAACUUUGUUGCAAGAACAAUUAGAAGUUUUCCCCCUAGAGGGAGACUGGGAAACUGUAACUAAUUCCAGGGAGCUUGCAGCUGUCACAGAUUACAAUCGUGGGAAAAGGCUUGUGACCUUGUAGGACAAUGUAUUCAGAAGCUCUGUUGUGUGCUCUCUGUAAAAUACAUGCUCUAUUGGAACAGUUAACUGAGAAGACGGAUUUGAUGACUAAUGUGGCCAGAAUUUUUGAACAGGCAGUGGGAAACUAUAUGGAGCCCACCCAGGAAUUAAAUCAGGAGUGUGCCCUGACAGAACAGAUGAGAGAAGAGGAUGUUGUGGAAUCUUGGGCGCCAGAGAUGGAGGGAGCUGCGGCCCAGCAGGAACAUGAGCUUUUGGAUUUGACAAAUGAACUUGGAGAAAGCCAGAUUAGGAAAGAUAAAGUUUGGUUUGGUUUGGAAAUAGGGGGGUUGGAUAGACCCCCCUAUGCAGGGAUGUUUGGACUUUCCGAGUCUGGCAAUGGGCCGUGAGAUGUUUGGAGCUGUGGGGGCUCUCAAUUUUGGAGGGAUUCUGAAACAUGUCUUUAAAUACUACAUGGAGUUUAGUCUGGACUAUGGAAAAGGGGCUGAUUUGUUGGAAAGGGUCAAAAACAUUACCAAGCUGGAGUUCCCACGAGUGGAAGGUGAAUAUGAAGAAGAGCUGCGGAAGGGACAUGGAAGGGACUUAAGGGCCUCGGAUAUAAGGUUACCAGGUUAAUGCGCUAGAUCGAUGGGAUGAAAAGGACUGACAAAACCCGGGACCAGGAGGAAGGGACGCUGGAUGAAGAUUGGAUUGUUUCUAUCUCUUUUUUUUUACUACUAGGAUUGUUUUAUAAAACUGAUGACUGUUAGAAAAAUGUUGGAACGAAAUUACUUGGCUCUAGCAAAAAUGUUUAAAAUAAGAUUUAAGUUUUAAGGUUUUUUAUAAGAUAAGAUGAAAAUAGAUUAAGGUAAUGUAAUGACAGAAUAUUAUGAAAUAUGGAAAGGAUUUGCUGUGAUAAUUAAUAACUGGGAUACAAAAAAAGGGAGGAGGAGGAGGUCAAAGAAAGAAGGUAAUGAAAGUUGAAGAUUUGAGAAUGUUGGUUUUAUUUUUAUAUGUUUGUGGUGUAUUUUUGUUUUUUGAAUUUGUAUUGUUGGAUGUGGUUUGUUUUCUUUUUCUCUUUUUUGCUUCUUUCUUUUUUUCUUUCUCUGCUUUGUCUUUUUCUGUAAUUUUAAAAAUUUUCAAUAAAUAUCAUUUAAAAAAAAAAUGAAGUUGGGUAUCUGGAAAACCAACUCACCAAAUGUUUUAAUUUACCAAUACAUUUUAUACCAAUUUUAAAACUUGCUUUUGUUUUCCAUUUAUCAGGAAAAGAAAAUAAAUGUUUUGCAAAUGGGAUGAUUAUGUAUGAUAAGUCUGUGUGGUCUCCUAAACCCUGUGUUACGUGCCUCUGCUCAAAAGGAAAGGUGUUGUGUGAUGAAACCUUGUGCCAUCCUCUGACGUGUCACAAUACCAAGAUACCUGAAGGAGAGUGUUGCCCAGUGUGUAUGGAUAUUGGUACAGUAUAUUGAUUUUUUUUGCAUAUUUCAGACACACAAUAUAUAUACAGGAUACAAUUUAGUGUAAGUAAUGUAAUCCUUUGAAUAUGUGCAGCUGCUAAAAGGCAAUGAAAUUAGGAAUUAUUCUUUGACCUUUUAUUAUUUGCAUAGAUUAUGGUAGGCUGUAUAUGUAUACAGGCAUUUCCACUGGGGAUAUCUAUUGCUGUCCUGAUUGUCCAUGAUGAUGGUGGCAUCUUUUUUUGCCCCUGUCAGCGCAGCAACUAGGCCAACAUAGACACUCUUACCCAUAUGGAAAUGUCAGCAGACAUGAACAGCAUAUCUGCAUAAACUUAACUGAGCCACAAGCCCAUGAACAGAUCUGCCUGCUUUCCUCCUCCCUCCCUCCAGUGAGGAAACAAACCACAAAACAGCUGACAUAACGUUAUAUCUGAAUCAGGAUUUGUGGUUUGUUUCUCCCAAGCAAACAUUGAUCAGGAUGCCUAGAAUAAACCUUGGUUUGGUUUAUCUUGGUUUGCUUAGAGGGAAAUAAACCAUGGACACUGGUUCUGAUGUAAUACUACAUCACCCACUGUGCUUGCGUUUUCCUACUGGAGGAAGGGAGAAGCAAAGCAGGAAAGCUCAAGCUGCAUGUAGUAGCACAUAGCUCAUGCAUAAACUAAUUUCCUAAUAGUUUAUGGUUUAGUGAUGUAUCCAAACAUUGCCAAUGUGUAAGCACAUGCUGCCAUUAAAUCAAAGGUGGGAAACAAAGCAGGAUAAUAUACCUUUUGCAUUUGAAUUUUUCCUUCAUAAUUUUGAGUUAAUAACUGGAAAGUUAUAUACAGUAGCUAUUGGCACUACUGUUGAAAAGGGCAAAAUUACCAGACACCUUAACUCAGUCUGUAUAUAUGUAUGUGCGUAAACAUACAAAAAACGCACCAGCAAAACCACUGUAAUUUUCUUAUCUUAGGGAUUUUAUGCACAAUACUGUAUUUUAUUAAUAUUCUUCACUAUAAUAGAAUAAUUAUUCUCUUCAAGCACAUAUAUUAAUGCCUGCUACUAAAAACUGUGUUAUCAUUUUUCUUUAUAUUGAUAUCGACUGUCCACUUUCAACACCAUGACCUCCUUGCUUUCAGAGCUAAGUACUAUUUCACUAGGUGACACAUCUGAAUUUUCUGGUGAUAAUCUAGAGCCCAAUGACCAUACUGAUCCAGUCUUGUACAACCGACAAACACAAGAUCAAAAUGCUGAAAAGAAGGGGAAACGGCUUGAAAAGAAAGAAAUUACUAUAAAAAAUAAAGAUAAAGAGAACCAGCAAAGAAAAAGCCAUGAACAGAAGGAAAAACAUGUACAGACAAAGGAUCAAAGGGAAGAUGAGAAGAUGAGAGCAGCAGAAGAAAGGAGAAGAGCAUAUGAAGAAGAAGAGUUAAGAAUAGAAAAAGGAUUCAAGAAAGAGGAAGAAGAAAAUGAAGAAGAAAGUGAACAACCUGAAGGAAGUGAGGAAGAAGAAAAAGAGGAGGAAGAUGUUUUGCGUGGUGAUGUAUUCAGAAUGCCGCCUCGUUUUCCAAUUCCUGAGCCUUCUACUGAAGUGCCUACUUUGCCAACCGGAUGCUCCAUCCUGGACAACACAAUCAGCUGUGUUAAUGCCAAACUCAAACAAAUACCACCAAUCAUGGAUGCAGAGCUUACAAGCAUAGAGCUUGUAGGUAAGGAAAAAACUGACCUGUUUAUUAUAAUAAUUUUCAAAUGCAUCCCACAUUAAUGUUAGCUCUACUAUUUCUAUUUGCACCGGACAAUUAAUGUCCAAUGUUCUCAUUGUAAAAAUUGGAGGAGGGAAGGGACAAUGUGAUGUAAGUUUUGAUAUUCAUUGCUUGGCUAUAUCAAAAUCCUUGCUUUGUUGGUUUAUGAAGAAGCAAUAUGGAGACAUCGUAAUGUUUACUUGACACUAAAUAUGGUACUAAGCAUCUAUGUGAUAAAACCAUAAGGGAAAUGGAAAAUGAUUAAGAAAUGGAAGUGAGUCUUAAAAUUCCUAUUGCUAUUACACACCUUUCCUUUUCCUAGGUAAUACUAUAACUUCCAUCCCAGAUGAAGCUUUUAAUGGGAUUCCCAAUUUGGAAAGGAUUGAUCUUCGUAGAAAUAAUAUCACAUCAUCUGGCAUAGGUCCACGGGCAUUUAAAGUAAGAAAAUCUAGGGUUUUUUAAUUCUUUGUGUGUGUGUGUGUGUCAAUGUAUAGAAAUGGCUGUUUUGCUGAAAUUGUUUGUCAAAGAAUCCAUGAGAGUACAUUAAUGAAUACUCUGUAACUCUUCACAAUUGCAAUCAAUAAUGAAAUCACUGACAGAACAAAGUGAGAUCUGGGGAUAUUUUGUGAGAAUUACUACUUUUACAGGUUAGGGAGGUGAAAAUUAGUGGCUUCAAUUUAAUUUUAAAUUCCCCAUGUGCUAGUGUAAGCCAACGCAGGCCACAUACAGUAAUAUUCAUAAAGCACACAUGAACCUAAAGCAAACAGCGCUAGAAAAAAAUAUUUUAAAACUUAAAAAUCAAAGUUAAUUCGAUUUCUCAAUUUGUAUCUUCCCCAACACAGAUAUUGAAGAAUUUGCAACGUUUAUAUUUGGAUGGAAAUGCACUAGUACAUAUUCCGAUUGGUUUGCCAUCAACUUUAGAAGAACUUAAAAUAAACGAAAACCAACUACAUGCAAUUGAUGAAUACAGCUUUGAAGGUAUAUUGUAACUAUGAAUGCAGAUGACUAAGGUAAUAAAAGCUUACAAAUUCAUGACAAGAAAAAAAGUAGGUAGAACAAAAGUAGGUGGAACAACAACUUCCAUAUUAUUUAAAAAUGCAUCCUACAAUUUUUUCGUUUACUAACUAUGAAUAAGAAUACAUUUUAACACUACAAUUGCAUAGACAUUCUUGUACUUGGCGACAGCUCCUAAGUGACAAAUUAUAUGUGUCAUGCAAAUUGAUAAUGGUUGUGCAUUUGCCAAAUCUUCUACAGAAACAGCCAUCAUUAGAACUCCUGUCAGCAAGUUUUAUGUCUCGAAGAAUGCAUAUUUUUAUUUAAAAUAUAAAGCGGCAUAGAAAUAAAAUAUGUAACAAUAAUUCCCAGAGACACUUGGAGUGGAUCAUGUACAUAUAUUUUUAAACACGGGAACUGCACUCUUUGUUAUAUCACACUGACAGAUCUGAUUGUGCACAAAGUUGUUUUUCCAGUACUUACGGUAGCUACACGCUUUACAAGAGGGACAACCGCCCUCUACUCAGAUGCAUAAGAAUGUAGCCGUAGCCUUGAUUUUUACCCAGUAAUCUGCCUAGAGGAGAGAUUCUAGGUAACAUACUCUUUUUAAUUCCACCUACUCUAUAGAACGCAGGUGGCGCUGUGGUCUAAACCACAGAGCCUAUUGCUUGCCGAUCAGAAAGGUCAGCGGUUCGAAUCCCCACGACAGGGUGAGCUCCCAUUGCUUGGUCCCUGCUCCUGCCAACCUAGCAGUUUGAAAGCACGUCAAAGUGCAAGUUGAUGAAUAGGUACCGCUCUGACGAGAAGGUAAAUGGCGUUUCCGUGUGCUGCUCUGGUUUGCCAGAAGCGGCUUAGUCAUGCUGGCCACAUGACCCGGAAGCUGUUCGCUGGCUCCAGUCGUUCGCGACUGGACCUAACAGUCAGGGGUCCCUUUACCUUUACCUUUAUAGAAAUGUAUGUAAGCUGCCUUAGGAUGGCUUUUCCUGAAAGUCAGUCUAAAAAUACUGGAAGUCAAUAGAUUAUUUAUUUAUUUCAUAAAAUAUAUACUGCUGAUUGUAAGAAAAACCUCAAAACAAAGUUUACAAAAAGAAAUUGUGUACUGGUAUGGCUAAAACAUGUAAAUUACCCGGUUCAGAAUGUGAAUUGAUCUAGCUCUUAAUGCUGAAAAGCAGUAUGAACAGAACAUUAUUUCACUCAAAAUUUGUUUAUAGCUUGGGAUGCAAAAUAAUACACAUUAUGUUCAUUUUGCUACUUAAAAAUUGUUCAAAAUACAUAUCUUCUUUUUAAAGACCAAAUAUCUUCUAAGGCAUUAGUUGCUGAUAACAGAGAAUCUGGUUAGUUUUAAAAGUCUGUUGCCAAUGACUCAUUUGCAGUAUCCAGAUGCCACCUUUGUGAAAUUAAGUACCUUCUUGGGGGCACCCUAAAGUGAACCUUUCCUGGCCCAAGAAGGACUGCAGAAGAUCCGGGAAGACCUGAGGCUCCCCUGUUUCUCACAACAGGAGAUAGAAAUGGGAGAAGGGGAUGAGAGAUCCUUCUUAUGAAGGACAGGAACUUUUAUUUGAAUCAUAGCACAAAGGGUAAAAAAAUAAGUUUGCUUAUCAGAUUCAGAACAAGGCACAGUUAUAUUUUCAAUGCAUGUGGUUUCUACUUGAAAACUAGAAUAAAAAAAUUAGUGUAUUCCAUAAUUCUCGUGUAUUAUAUUUAUUCCUAAUUUAUUUAAAUUUACUAUAAUCAUAGUUGUGUCUUAGUGAACCAAUAACAAACAAGUGUGGAGAAUUAUAAAUUGUAUUCAAAUAAACAUGAAGUUCUCCUGCUAUUAUUAAAUAACAUUAGGAUUAAAAUUUCUCUCAGAUAUUCUGGAGGCGUAGGUCAAUGAGAAGAGAAAUUGGUUAGAAUAUGAAAUACCAAUAUUCAGAUUCUUUUUUUGCCCUGAAUCUUACUGGAUGAGCACAAACAUUUCACCAUGUUUGCUUUAUUUUCAAAAGGUUUAGAAAAGUUGGUGACACUGGAAUUAGAAGGGAAUAAACUCAACGAAGCUAAUGUUAGUCCAUUAGCCUUUCAACCUUUGAAGACCCUGUCUUAUUUGCGCCUUGGACGGAAUAAAUUUAGGACCAUUCCGCAGCGCCUUCCCAAUUCUAUUGAGGUAAGGUUUUUUAAAAAUAAAAAAGAUGAUCUGUUUCCUUUUCCAUAAUAGUCAAGGCUCCUCUAGGUGACCUAUCCUGAUUUGCUUGCACAAGGCUUACUGUAGAGGUUAGGUUUAGCAUUCCUUCUGAUUUGUUUGUGAGGCAGGUAUAUGACAAUCAACAUUCAUCCUGAUAUGCUUGUGGGGCAUUAAUAUGUUGUCCUGCUAAUCACUUGUUUGUUCCAUACUUUUAAAUGCAUUUUCCAUCACUUUCCUAAUAGCAAAAAAGUGAAUUUUUAAAAAGUGAAUUUGUUGCACCAGAGCAACAGAGAACUUUAAAUUUCGUGGCAUGUGCAAGAAUCUCAUAUCCCACAUCCCCCCAUGGCACAAAAUACUGUGAGAUUGGAGACAACCUUAAGCUUUGAUCCUGGGCAUGCUUAUUCAUUAGUAAUUGCCAAUAAUUUCAAAAGCAUUGAGUCAGGAUUGAAGUCCAAGGGCAGGUUUAGGGACAUGGGGAAAAUAGAUGCAAUACUCAAUCACACAACCCGUGCAACAUAUGAAGGGGGAACUUGGGCUUCUCCCCCUUUCAUUUGGAACUAAUGCCUCUUAACUAACUUUGUCUGGAAACAAGGAACAACUUUGUUGCCACUUUUGGAAAAUAAGUAAAGCAGCUUUACGCCACAUAUUCUACAUUUUAAAAUAACCACUUUAAUGUAUUAUACAAUACACUUUUCACAUAUUUCCUUCUUUUACCAUGCAUUCUAAAUAGGAAUUAUAUCUCGAUAAUAACCAAAUUGAAGAAAUUACAGAAGUUUGCUUUAAUCAUACCAGAAAUAUAAACACAAUUGUUCUGAGGCACAACAAAUUAGAAGAAAGCAGAAUAGCUCCUUUGGCAUGGAUCAAUCAUGAGUAAGUGUAAACUUUGUGUUAUUUUCCAAUCACAACAUUUAAUUAAUUAAAGUAUAGAAUAAAGAAGUUGUACUACAUAGAAGAUGGAGGUUCCACAAAUGUUUUUCUUGGCAUAUUAACCAACUAUUUGCUGGUAUACAAAGAGAACUUGGGAGAGAAGAGUGUGGUCUUCUUACCGUGCUUCCUUUUGGAGAAGACAGAGCAGUGAGAGACACACAUGCUGCUUCUGCUUCCUGUAGAAAGCUCAGGGCAAUUUGAAACUAACUCCAAUGUCACACCCCCAGUCUACUAGCACAGUACAGGGUACUAGGGUAUUUUUCAUCACUUUGCACAGAGCUUUGUAGGAAGAUGGCUUCAGUGAAAAUACAUUUCUCAAUUACUUGAUGUGAUGUAGGAUAUAAGUAACUUCACAAAUGACUCUUUCUAACAUGAUGGAAGGACUUUGUGUAUUUCCUUCUAAACAUCCAAAGUGAGAGAAAAUCCUUUCUCCUGUCCCAGUGAGUCUUCUGUGCAUGCCAAUGGAUUUGGGGGCUGUGUUGGCUCUUGCUUGAUUUUGCACAGAAUUUCUGGAGAACAGAACAAGUCCCUUACACUGUUCUAUCUUCAGGACAAUUUUAUUUCCAGACCCUUUCUCUCCAGAUUGCUCUGCUCUUAGUGAACUACUGAGGAGUGGAGAGGGCCAACAAUGAUCAUGAUAGCAACAUGGCAAAUGAAUUUGUAGACCUCUGACCCAGAAAACUGUCACCUUAAAAAAAUAUCAAACUAUUCCAUACUCCCCAGGCGAGCUUAUUUUUGGAUUUUGACAACAUAUACCACACAGGUGUCUAGUUUACUUAAAGCAAAAUUAUAAACACCGGAAGCAUCUUCCUCUGAAGAAAGGAACUCUUGUGUUUUUUUAUUUUUGGUGUUAAUGAGAUAGUUAUUCACUGUAAGCAGGUUACAUUCUACCAGUCUAUCUCAGUAGAUAGUAGAAUCCCGAUGUCUGGAGGAAAAUGUCCAAUUAAAGGACGUGGCUAUUAAGUAAACAUUAUGCUAAUGUGUUACCUUUUAAAAUAGAAAAAUAAGGAACUAUGGGUACAGUUAAGAUGGGCAGGAAGAGAGCAUACAGGUAGCAUUUAUUUAUUUAUUUAUUUAUUAAUAAAUAAGCGAUCUCGGUCCAGUAUACCUGAAGGAGCGUCUCCACACCCAUCGUUCUGCCUGGACACUGAGGUCCUGUGCUGAGGGCCUUCUGGCGGUUCCCUUGCUGCGAGAAGCCAAGUUACUGGGAACCAGACAGAGGGCCUUCUUGGUAGUGGCACCCACCAUGUGGAACGCCCUCCCACCAGAUGUCAAAGAGAAAAACAACUACCAGACUUUUGAAAGACAUCUGAAGGGCAGCCCUGUUUAGGGAAGCUUUUAAAGUUUAAUAGACUAUUGUAUUUUAAUAUUUUGUUGGAAGCCGCCCAGAGUGGCUGGAGAAACCCAGCCAGAUGGGCAGGGUAUAAAUAAAUUAUUAUUAUUAUUAUUACUUUUUACUGCUUUUUGCGCAAAAAUGCCUCUGAUCAUAUACAACAUAGAUUCAUACAAUCCAACAAUAAAACUACUGACCAAUUAAAACAUUUCAAUCCAAAGUACACAAACCAGGACUCUGGAUGGAGAUAGAUAAUGCUAUCAUCCUGGCAAUAAUAUAUAUUGUUUCUUCCUUCAAAGGGAAAUGCAUUUGAACACUUGAGAUAUCUGAUGUGUCAAGUAUUACAAAUUGUAUUUAAAAAAACUUGACUAAUGAGAUAACUGAGAGUGGGGAGAGUGGUUUUAACUCCAAAAGAGUACUUUAGCACAGAUGUCCUGAACUAAUGGAAGAGAGGAAAAUUAAAUAGACGGUUUGGCCUAUGAAUGUGACUAUAGUUAUUAUUCUUUUUCUUAUACAGACUUGAGCAAUCUGUCAGAUCCUGGACAGUGACAGUUAUGUAAACAUGUUUGGACAAUAGCUAUGGGAAAAGAGUAGGUGGUAGGAAAAAAAUUCUCUUUAGUGUGAAUUUGUUUUGGAGAGCUGAGAUAUGCCCUUUGACUUUUUACAGUCCUGCCCUUUUAUUAAUUAGUGCAGAGUAGAAUGUACUGCAGGCUGAAAACUACCAGUUGCUAUGACAAAGAAGAGCUGCUCUCAGGCAACCCAAAUAAUUCACCAUUUCUCCUUAUAGCCUGCUAACUCUUUAUGGCUAGAAAGCAGGAUGGCAGCCCAUCCCUGCCUUGUACAUGUAAAAAUGCCCAUGGAUGGUUAGGAAGAUAGAAAGAAGUACUGCCAGUGUGGUGUAAGUGGUUAAAGCAGCCUUUCUUAACCUUGGGUCCCCAGAUGUGGUUAGACGACAACUCCAAGCAUCCCUGACCACUCAUCCUGCAAACUAGAAAUGACGGGAGUUGGAGUUUUAGAGCCGAACAACAUAUGGUACAAAUAUUCCCCAAAUGGUUUCCAGAAAAAUAGAUAAGACUGUACGCCUCCAAUCUUCCUGAACUCUUAAAAUGCAUGUUAUGUAUGAAGACAAAAUUAUUUACUUUAUGCUCUUACUUUUUAAUAUUUUUUCACUUUAUUUUAGGAACCUGGAAUCUAUUGAUCUUUCUUACAAUAAUAUAUAUCAUGUUCCCUCCUAUCUGCCAAAGUCAUUGGUGCACCUUGUGCUUAUAGGCAACCAAAUUGACAGAAUCCCAGGAUUUGUAUUUGGACACAUGCGGCCAGGGCUGGAAUAUCUGUACCUUUCAUUUAACAAACUUGAUGAUGAGGGAAUUGAUCCUGUGUCAUUCUAUGGGGCAUAUCACUCUCUAAGAGAAGUCUUCUUAGAUCACAACCAACUGAAGUCUGUACCACUUGGAAUUGCAGAAAUGAGAUCCUUAAAUUUUCUGAGGCUCAACAAUAACAAAAUAAGGUAAAUAAAUAAAUAAAUAAAUACACAUCUUAAUUGUAAAUACAAUAAUGUUAUACUGGCUUUCUAUUAUAAAUGUUCAAACACAGCAAAUCAUGGUUUAUGGGAUUCUUGCUUACUUCUUUAACUGAAUCUUUGAGGCCACUAGUGCAAGACAUUGUUGAUUCAAUACGUCAUACUGAUCCCAAUAAUUGGGAUGCCAUAUUUUAGGUGGUCCUGUUUCACUUCCAGACCAAUGGUCCCUCAAACUCUGAAGCCCCCUACUAGAUGACUUUGUGGAAGACUGAUUUUAUGAACCUCAAUUAACCCCGAUGGCAAGACUGAAAAUCCACAUUCAGAUGCAGCAUAGCUCUGAAUUGCAGAUGCUGGGGGGAAAGCCAUGAGGAGGGAUGUUGCCUUCCUACUCUGUUUACCCUGGAUGGGCACUGAGGGAAACAAAUGCUGAACUAGAUGGGCCUUUGAUCAAAUAUGGCAAGGCUCUUCUUUUGUUCUAACUAGUUAUUGUUGAGCAGUAGUCAUCCGAAAAUUCCACAGUGAAGUGUAAAUAAGCAUACCACAUUCUUCAGACCAAACUUUCCUUAACAAUCCAAGGAUGGUGCCUGACAUGCACUUAGGACAUUUAAAAUGAUAGUGGUUGAACAUCAGACUACAGCAGUAAGAAAAGAGUAUGCUCCCACUAAGUCUUUUUUCAUUUUCUUUUCCAUAUGAAGAUGGCAAACAGCAGUAGGAAAUGCUCAGAUACAUUCUUCACAAAGCCCACAAUAUAGAAGAUCAUUGAAUAAAUAACUGCAUAUAUUAGAUUUAUAUCACCUUAUUUCCAAACAGGUUUACAUGGCCUGAGCAUGUAAAAGCAAUAUGGUAUGAGGAUAGCAGCAUUCCCAUUUAUCAGCAACAUUUGGUAUCGAGAAAGUAAGAGGCUGUCUAACCCUCAAAAGCAGGAUAGGAAGUACGUGGUACUGUCAUGAAUAAAAAUAGUGUCUAAAUUUUAGGCCAGUAUUAAGAAAUAACAAAUGUGAAGGUUGACCAAGUUUUCUAAAUGAGUGAACCAAAUUUCCUGUUCUGAGAAUUUUCUGCAAUGCUGCAUAGGUUUCUAAAUGUGACUAGACAUCAAAACAUGUGUACACAAACAGAAAACACACAUGUAUGUUGUAGAGGUACAUACUGUGUUCAUGUUUUUAGUAGUGUGUGCUAUGUGUGCAAAUGACAAAAUGCUUGAUAGUGGCUUAUAAUAUGCCUAACCAGAAUAUCUGGGGACCCAUAAAAUGAAAAAUUCUGGAUACAGCUCUGUGUUUUUUCCACACUUUUUACAAUAGUUUCCAUCUUGAAAAUGAGCUGCGAAGAAAAAGGAAAUUUGCUAGCAAAAUGUAAUAGUUAAUCUCCUUUAACUAUUUCAUAUAUGGUUUUACAGAACAGUCCCUACUGAGCGCAUCUGUAGGAGUAGGUCGGAUAAUGAAGAGGAGGAGGAGGAGGAGGAAGAUGAUGACAGUGAAGAGAAUCAUGAUUAUGAAGAUUCACAAUUAGAACACCUUCAUCUUGAAUAUAAUUACAUCAAUACAAGGGAACUUUCACCAUAUGCUUUUUCAUGUGUCAGAUCAUAUUCUAGUGUGAUUCUGAAACCUCAGAAGAGCAAAUAAAAGAACUGUUUUUGCAUGUAAAUACUAUAAUUAGAAUAUUUGUUCUCCACAAGCAAGAAAACCAAAGCACAAAUUAUGAAAGGUGCCGCAGCACUAUUACUUAACAGUAUUAUUUAUUAUUAAUGAAGGGUAAGGUAUAAUUGUAGGAAUAUCUCCAGGAAGCUGGCCGUGUACAUGCCUAGAAAUAUUAUACUUGCAGCCUAUUUUUCACUUCUAGUAAGAUAAAUAUUGCAUACCAAUGUGAUAAGUGAGUACAAGAAAGAUUCUUGAACUUCAUUGACCUUCUGAUUUUCCUCAAAAAGUUGACUUGAUAAAUAUUUUCAAUACAAUGAAUUAUAACCCUACAGAGAGGGGAGGGCUGUGUGUGUGUGUGUGUUUGGAAUUGCAUUUCAAAUUAAGAAAAUGCUGUAAAAUGCACAUAUAAAUUAAGACAGUACCAAAUGUAGAACAUUUGGGGCCUCUUCAUACAUGGCAUUAAUGCUAACCUGUGCUGUAGGUUACUCAUGGGAACCGCAAUUAAAAAAAACAAACAAUGUAAUACAAAUCAAUACAUCACACAACAUUAUUUGAGUAACACAUCUCACUAAGCUGCGUUACUGAAAAGCUCAAGGAGCAAGGAAGUCUUGGUGGGAGUAGUUGCAAGCAUAGUCUGACUAUUCCUUUAAGGAGUGACGGAGGCAUGAACCAGAGCUGGGAGAGGGACUUUCAUUAAUACAGUGACAGCUGUGCCUGAGAACGUAGCAAUAGUCUACUAUAAUACCACAAUAAGGGAGAACUUCUGCUUUGCAGAUGCAGAAGGUCCCAGUUUCAAUCACUGGCAUCUUUUGGUAGAGCUGGACAUGUCCCAUGUCUGAAGAGCUGCUGCUAGUCCAUGUAGACAGUACUGAGUUACAUGGACUUAUUCAGCACAAGGCAGCUUCCUCUGUUCUAGCAGAAUAUGUGAUGGCAUUUAGUUCAUGCAAAAAUAAUACCUGCUUGAAAACAGGCACAUGUUCCAAAGCAGAAGUACACUAAGCUCCAAAUAAGCUCCAAAGCAGGGAAAGCAGUGGCUCCAUAAUAUACAAGCAUAGAAAAUCUGUAGCAAAGGAAUGGCACAGUCUGCGCUAGUUCCUCUUGAGACCAGAUUGCUUGGGAGCAGGAUAAAAAUGGUUUCAAAAUAAUAGGCAGAGUUGCCUCUAUCACAGUUGCUUACCAUUCACACUUCUCAUAGUACAACUGUCAUCUGUUACCUCCACUUGCAGACAAUGUAGAUUACGCUCAGAGCAAACUUAGAAACCGUACAACACUUUGCAGAUUUAAAAUGGUAUCAAAUACCAUGAAGAAAUGGCAUGUUGCUUAUGGAUAGGAUCUUAAAAAGGACAGAAUUAACAAGUGACUCUAGCUUAUGAACAUAUGAAUCUGCCUUAUACUGCGCUGUGUAGCCUAGUGUUGCUUGUUUAGACUAGCAAAGGCUCUCCAACCUGAGAUACUUUUAACUGACGAUGGCAUAUGCUAAGCUACACCUCUGAGCUACACCCUCUUCACUGUUUGAUGCAUCCUGACCAUUAUGUGGUGUGAUAAAGAAGCAGAGGAUAGAGAAGCUUUCUUCAUAUAGAUGUGUGCUAUUUGAGGCAUAAUCAAAAGCUAUGCAACUUGCAUUUAUCAUCAAAGGUCAAUGCAAGCUGACGUCUUUGUCAUCCACUAAUGAUAUGCAGUUUUUGCUUGCAUCAUUAGCAAAUUAAAAGGCAAAAUUCCCCACAGAAAGUAAUUCCAUGCUAGUUCACAUCGCAGUAUUAAAGCUUUCAUGGAACUGUGAACACUAACAAAUAUUUCAAAGAAAUAGAACAAGUACUACAAAAAAAAACAUUUUGACUGCACUCAUACUUGCCUGAGGCAAUCCAAAGUAUGUUCAAUGAAAACAAGAUAAAUUGGAAAAUCCACCUCCUAACAAAUCUGUGUUAAUUGAGGUGGUGACAAGAAUGAAUUACAUGCCUGAGAUGUAGCGGCUGGAUGGCUUUCCCCAAUAAUUCACAUUCCAGAUAAAAACUUGAAACCAUGGAAAGCAGACAUAGGAUGAUACAGUUGUUCCACUGUAAACAUUCUUAGUUCCAGCUGCGGAAGCCACUGCUGAAAUCAUCAUGUGUACAUGUUCUAAAAAGAUUUUGACAGACAACAGCUUUUUCUAAGUUUGGAGGCUUCUUCCACAAUCAUGAACUGAAUGGCUGUUGUCCCUGAAAAGAAGAGGUGACUCUAGAGUCUGGUCACAAAAUGUAUAUCAUGCCACUAUCCCUUUGUUUCAAUAACAUGCUCUCACUAUUCAAAGAGCCACUAAGAACUGAGGGAAAUUAAAACAAGGUGUAGGAGCAGGAACUCUGAUUUUACACUACCCCCUGCCAGCUAGCAUUUUGCAUUACCUGCUUGCUCCAUUAUGCAACAUGGAUACUUUGCCAGACUUCAUGACACAUGAUAUUUUACUACAAAAUACACUAGCAAAACACACCAGUCCAAAAGUAAGCUAAUGGUCAGGAACCUAGGAAUCUGACAAUGUGAUAAGUAAAAGGUGGGAAAUAAAAUGUUUUGUAUACUUGCUUAAGAUACAAUAAGAUUUGUGACCUUUUCUCUCUCUUAUUUGUGCCUUUAAGCAUCUUUGUGGUAAAAAAUAUGACUCAAUAUCUGCUAAUAUGUAAUCCUCUUGAGAAAUAUUUUUUACCCCUAAUCUGAAUUAUUAGAUCACAACUGUGGCUCUCCAGUUGUUGCUAGACUGCAACUCCCAUCAUUCCUGACCAUUCGCCAUGCUAGUUGGGGCUGAUGGGAGUUCAACAACAUUUGGAAAACAACAGGCUUCUCACCCCAGAUCUAAAGUAAAAGGAAAGGUGCCUUGGUAAGUGAUAUAUUUUUGGUCUUUUUGUAAUUCUUAUAACAUUUUCAAGUUAUUCUAUCAAGAUUUUAUUACAUGUUCUCUUACAUGUUAUGCACUUUUACAGUAUGGUAUAAGAUUGCUCAAAUAUUACAUAUAACAUAUGUGUUUUCCAGGAAACAUACAUGGAGCGGGUAGCAUAUUCAUGGGCCAAUAACAUGCAUAAUACAUGUGCUUGCAAUUAUGUGCAUAUAUAUAUGCACACAGACACACACAUAUAUACACACAUAUAUACACAGAUGUAUCUUUGGUAAGAUAAAUAACAUAAAAAAUCUAAUCAAAUGAUAACGUAUAUUUUUAGCUUUGAAAGUACUAUUGUUUGAUAGCCAUUUUCAUGCUAUAUAAGGAAUAUUAGUAAUUAUAACUGUCUUCAAUACUAUAAUAAUUAUAGUAUUAGUAAUUAUAACUGUUUUCAAUACUAUAAUAAAGUAUUUUC